AGGGAGGGAGAUCCCGUCCGGUCCAGCAGUGAUUUCUCAUCCUCCCGCUUACGUCUUUGACUCCGCCUCUCCACUGCCCUGCCUUGAGCUCCGAGUCUCAGUGCCCCUCUCCAGAGCAGCGGACGGAGCCCACCACCAUUCGCCGCUGCCGCUGCUGUUCCGUGCUGGUCUACUGACACAAUGGCUUCCGAUGGUGUGGAUGAACGAUCCCCGCUGUUGUCAGCACCGAACUCGGGGAAUGUCACGCCCAUCGCUUCACCGUAUCUGCAGGACUCGAGCCCGAGAGCUGAAUUACCUCCGCCCUACACAGCCAUCGCCAGUCCAGAUGCAGGAGGAGUUCCUGUCAUUAACUGUCGAGUGUGCCAGUCACUUAUAACUCUGGAUGGCAAGCUCCAUCAGCACGUGGUGAAGUGCACCAUCUGCAAUGAGGCCACGCCUAUAAAAAAUCCACCAACAGGAAAGAAGUAUGUUAGAUGUCCAUGCAACUGCCUGCUAAUCUGUAAAGACACGUCUAGGAGGAUAGGAUGCCCUCGGCCCAACUGCAGACGGAUCAUCAACCUGAGUCCUGUGAUGGUGAUCCCAGAGGAGCAGCCCGCCCAGCCAGCUCUGCCAGUCCAGCCUGAGGGCAUGCGUGUGGUCUGCGGCCACUGCGGCAACACAUUCCUUUGGAUGGAGCUCCGAUUCAAUACACUGGCCAAGUGCCCGCAUUGCAAAAAAAUAUCCUCUGUAGGCAGUGCUCUACCCAGAAGGCGCUGCUGUGCCUACAUUACAGUAGGAAUGAUCUGCAUUUUCAUCGGUAUCGGUUUAACGGUGGGCACUCAGGACUUCGCCAGGCGUUACCAUGCUACUUACGUGUCCUGGGCCUUCGCGUAUCUCCUGGGUCUCAUCUGUCUGAUACGGGCCUUCUACUGGGGAGUGAUUAAAGUCAGCUAUCCAGAGAACACCUUUGCAUAGGCAAAGCGUCCAUCCUUCAAGUCCUUAGUGUUUGAUUUCUCUUGAUUUGAACAGGUUACAACUGUUACAAGAACAUAAGAAUCCAGGGGGUUUAGGUACCUGCAAAUGUUUUAGAUUGAGUUAUUGAUUAGCUCUGAUGUAACUGAUUUGAACCCGCAAUAUGAUGACUUGAGGAAUUAAGGUUGAAAUCAGUGGUUCUAAGACUAGAAAAAUAAUACAAAUAAUCCAUGGUACACCUCUUGGAUUUGUCAUGGUUGGUGGAUAUCAAACAUAUUUUAUGUACGGCAUUUUGUUACCAACUUGACCAAAAGAGACGAUCUUUUAUGAACAAUUUGUCCAUUGCACUACGAUUUUAUGCAAUUCUUCUGUUGUGUUGCUGCUGGUCACUACAGCUGUUAGGAGCUGAGAGAUGUUAUGUGUUCAGAGAGCCUGGCACUAUCUGUCAUAUUCAGAUAUAUUUAACUGUUCUUAAAAUCCUGUGCCAACAUUUUUUUUGUUGUUCAGUAUCCGUUAGGGGAUCUCCCUCUGAUGAAAUUUAGCAGUAUUUUCAAACAUAUUUUGGCUGCUCAAACUCACUGUGAGCAAUAAUCAUGCAUUUUUUGUGGCUUUAAAAGAAAAACUGCAUGUACACAGACACUGGACCUCUAAAACAAAAUUCUGGGUUCAAUAUAAAUUAAGCUGAUUAGACAGUACUUGUGGCAUAAUAUUGAUUGAAUAACACAAAAAUAAUUUUGACAAUACAAAAAAAAAAAAAGCACUGACGCAAUGGAAGUGAAUGGGACCAAUUCAUAAAUGUUCAAAUACUCAGUCUUCCGAUAGUAUAAGAGCAAGAUGUAAAUAAUAUGAGAUUUUAUAUGUGAAAAAAUUACACUACCAUUAAGAAGCUUGGGGUCAGUAAGAAAGAAGUGUCUUAUGCUCACAAAGGCUG